UGAAGUCCGGUCCGUGUCUUGUAGCAGCCGGCUAUUUUAGGCGGAUAAAACUGUUGUAGUGGAACAAGAAGGAAUCCAUGACGUUUUCUAACAAUCUGCUUCACUUGAAAUAACCUUCACUGUUCGGUACCAUCCAGUGGACCAGAACCUUCUUGUGAUCCCUCGAAGAGACACGGAGCCGCGGCGUCGCCCGCGUACGGACUAUUUUCUUGUGGAGCGAACUAGCUGCCGCUGCUUCCGCCGCUCUGCAUCGGCCUCCAUUACGUCUUCGUGUCCGCUCGCUGCCUCACGUGUCCUGGGCUGUCUUCCUCACAUGACCCGAGUGUUUGUCCCCGUGAUCAGCGCUUCCAUCUCCGUCAAUCCGAGCCUUUGAAGAUCGGCGUUCCACACCCGGGAAUCCUCCAUGGAUAUACUGGAGCAGAGUCUGGACAGUUCGGCGAGUCACGACAAAUCGGAAUCCGAGGAGGUGGUGCAGCUACAAGAAGGAGACUCGGUGGAGGAGCAGGCAGCAGUGACCAUCGCUGGGGUUCCACAGGCAGCUUUCACAGACCACAACGUCCAGUACCAGUUUCGAACAGAGAACAAUGGCGGACAGGUGACCUACAGAGUAGUGCAGUUAACAGAUGACUCGUCGGCAGACGGGGCAGGGGCGGUCAGUGUCGUCUCGACAGCAGCGUUUGCUGGGGCGCCGCAGACUGUGGCUCAGACUGUGAUCCAGAACCCCUUCAGUAACGGAGGGAGUCCCGUCGCAGAGACCGUCGGUGGAGAGACACGGUUUGCGUACUUCCCUGCCGCCACCGUCGGCGACGGAGCCGCCGUGUCGGUGCAAGCCGGCGCAGAUCCAGCCAUCACACAAGCAGGAGGUCAGUUUUAUGUGAUGAUGACGCCUCAAGACGUGCUUCAGACGGCGACCCCUCGCUCCAUCGCUCCUCGCACACACACCUACACAACAGACCUCGGUGAAAGCGAGAUGCUCCAGCAUGGCAGCUCCAACUGGAAGGUGGACGGCACCAGGGCGCCGAGAGACGAGAGGCGGCGGGCGCAACACAAUGAAGUGGAGAGAAGACGGAGAGACAAAAUCAACAACUGGAUCGUCACGUUAUCGAAAAUCAUUCCCGACUGCAGCAUUGACAGCAGAACUGGAGCCAGUAAAGGAGUCAUCCUGUCGAAGGCCUGCGACUACAUCCGAGAACUGCGUCAGAACAACCAGCGACUGCAGGAGGGUUUCAAAGAGGUGGAACGGGUAGAGAUGGACAAUGAGCUGCUAAGACAACAGAUUGAGGAACUAAAGAACGAUAACGCGCUCCUCCGGGCUCAGCUCCAGCAGCACGGCAUAGAGCUCAACGGAGAGGCCACACCAUAAUGAUGGUGGACUGGACACUUCAUACGUCGCUCCCCUUUCACCUGAACAGGAGCAGGGCCCUCAUCCGUCACCAACGCUUCACGUGUUCAUUUCGAGACGCGGAUCCACGUGAAUCCGCCGGAAUGUGAAGGUUAAAGUCGAGCUGGAACGGAACCUCUUAUUCUUUACACCGUCCCCACGCAACAGUUGAAGGGAGUCCGUAGUCGUUGGGGAGAGCACCAAGCGUGUCACUUUCACCUUUAAAAUGAAGGACCUUGAUACUAAACCCACUCUUAUUUGUCAGGCACAUUUGAACAGCGUUAUUUUAUUUUCAACAGAAAGGCUUGCACGGGUGUUUUUAAAAGACACGUGCAGCAAAUAUAUUUGUAUUUUGGGUACAAAUUAGGUUUGUUUUUAAUAUACUUCUGUCAUAUUUAUGUCAUUGUUUUUGCACCUGACAGGAUGAAACCAGGGGCUUUGUCGCUUCCUGCAUAUGCAUCUUUGUCUUCUGUUCAAACCAGAGAAUUAUAAUCUACACAUUAUAAUUCACAUCACAACGACGAAACAGUUUAAAAGUGUGACGCCAAUCUUCCGCUCGACUUUAUACACCGUGCUCAUUUUUGCGGGCGUACGUGCUAGCAUCUGUUAGCGCCUAGCCGAACACACAGAGGGCUAGAAAGACCUUCUCUGUACUCCCCCCAACGUUCCACCCCAAAGGCUUUACACCACCACACUCGCACAAGAGGUGGCUGCUCCGCUCUCAUGACGCCGUGCCGAAGUGAUCGGAACCUUUCCUCCUUUACUUUUGGUUUGUGAGUCUCCAAUUCAAUCUCACUAAUGACCAGUCAUGAACUGACUUUAACCCCUUUAUAUAUUUUUUAUUUAUUAGUCUUUGAAGAAUGUGGACCGAAGCUUAUUGCAUUCACUCAAGAGAAAAAAAAGUGUUUUCGGUCGAAAUUAAAUUACGGUGAAUUAGUUGGUAAAAAAUAUGUUUGUGCUUGCAACAUUUUUUUUUGAAAUUAUGGUAUUAAUUUCAAAUAAUAACCUUUGGUUAAUUAUACGAGAAUCACGACAAAAUGAUCUAUUAUAUUGAGAUAUCUCAUUUCAUAAAUAAUCUUGCUGAAUAAAAAUAGAGUUUAAACUCGCUCGAAAAGGAAGAGGUUUUCUUAAUUCCGUAUGUUUUCCGAGGGUGAGAGUCUCUCCUGCAGCAGCAAUUCUUCUAGAUUGUCAGCAUUGCUGUUACACAGGUUUGUUAUUUUCAGUCAGUAGAGGUUUGUACACAGUAUUAGUUCGAAGCCUUAAUAAUAGAGAUAGUAGGCGAAAACCAGCUCAGGUAAUUGGGAUCAUGCACUGGAAGGUGAAUCCCCUGACUAACUGAGGUCCUGCGCCAUUUACGGCGCAAUGUAAAUAGAGAAGAAAUAUUGAUUGUCAAGAUGUGGUUCUUAUUGUUUUAUUUGGGGUUUGUUCACCCCGAUUAUUUCUAAAACUACUUAAAAAAAAUACUGAUAAUUCAAGAGCAAAUACCUGUUCUGUUUUUAUUUUUUCACGAGGAUCAUGAGCGUUGUUAGACGUCGAAUGGAUUUUUAAAUGAUUUUAAAUCCUGGUGCUGUUGAUGGAUGAUUCGAGCAAUAGGCAAGAAAUGUUUGGAUGAUGGUGGUCGGAAACUUGUCGACACUGAAGGUCACCACAGCAUGGAAUUACAACCACUGGCAUGACUAAUAA